AUGACAUUCUGCAUUUUUACAAGUUUUAUUUUAUCUUAAUUUCUUAGCCAGUCAUUACAGUUUUGACAAAACUUGCGAAUCAUGAAGUUAACUAUAAGGCUUUAACUAAAAUUGUCAAACUUUUAAGCAAAUUUAGAUAAUAAUUAGUCCAAAAUAAUGCUGUUAAGACUGUAUUAUUAAUUAUCAAUAAUUUAGGAUUUGAAGAAAGAUAAGCUGCUCGUUGGACUGAAUUCUCAGUUCAUUUAUCUAAUAAACAUACUUGAUUGGUUGAAUGAAAGGCAUAAUUAUGAGUCUAAAUUCACGAAUAAAAAGAUACUAUUUCAUGGAUAGAAUUAUUGCUAUAUAAUCCCAGAUAUCUGA